AUGACCAAUCAAUUUAUCAAUGCAGACGCUCUCGACGAUCAGGAUCAAUUUCUGCUGAAUGACAGCACGAAGCGCUCUCUCCUGAGUGAAUCAGACAAUAGUGAACAUGAAGGACAACCUAUUACUAAAUCGCGAAGGAAGAAGAAACAAAAACAGCGACCUAAGGAAACGAAUAAAAUAGUCGAGGAUGAGAUCCCAAUUGAAAUUCCAACAAGCGAUGUCGUGGGAGCCAUAAACAAUGUAUCUCAGAAGAAGCAGACCUCAACUUUCAAUAACAAAAAGAACCGAACUUCUGUACGACCAUCUGAUGAAACCAAUCGCUCAAAACCCACAAAACAAAAAUCAAAAGCAGAGCCUAAACCUUUCGUUCCGUUAGAGCUUGGACCUCUGACACCUGCUCCCGGAGAAGAAACCUCCAUUGGACUUCAACCACCAGACCUUCAACUAAGCUAUCUGACAGAUCGUCAGAAAAGAGCUCUGCCGAAGUUAUCUGAUUUGGAACUUCAAACGCUCGCAUUCCGUGAAUCAUGGCUAUUGAAUGUUUCGGACAAGCCUCAUAGAGGUCAACUUGGAUCAUGGCUAAAUACCGGAUCCAUUCCCGAUUUUUUAGAGACUGCCAAGAUUGAGACAACGGUACCUGGGUCCCCAAUCCUUUUGGUGAUCGCAAGCGCUGCUUUGAGAGUGGUCGAUCUGUGCAAACAGGUUAAGCCACUCCUACCUUCACCCAAAACAACCGGAGGUGUCGCCAAGCUUUUUGCUCGUCAUUUCAAACUUUCUGAACAUAUCACUUAUCUGAACACAACACCUGUGGUGAUUGGCGCAGGAACACCCGAUCGCAUAUCUAAGCUUAUUGAAGCCAAGGCUUUGAAACUUGAGCGCUUACGUUGGAUCAUGUUGGAUACAACUUGGCUGGAUACCAAAUCUUAUUCUUUGGCUGAUUUACCUGAAAAGGCUGUCAGGGAGGCAGUUUGGCAGGGUAUCCUUGGAAAUCCUGAAAUCCUAACCAUGCUCAAAGCUGGGAAAACAAAAUUAGUCUUAUUCUGA